CCAUCCUGCAGUGUUUAUUUAUUACACUUGUAAUUACCUAUAAUAUCACAUUUGUGUAUGAAAGCCUGUAAUCAUCAGCAGACUUCAGGUCCAUUAACACAUCUGACACACAGCUCCUCCUCUGCAUCCAGCUGUGACUCAGGAGGCAGGAACUCUUUGCCCCAACAGUGUUUUAACAGUAACACAUUCAAAUCUGCAACCACAGAUAAUAUAUAUUGACAUCAUGUGGCAUUCUAGAGAGGAGGUGUGGCAGCUGUUUGAACUUGUCCAAAAAUGUCCAUUUUGCAUCAACAACCCUCUAAUAUAUCAGGUUGUAAUACAUCACCUGUGAGUUCAUUUACUGAAAUCUCAAACAAAUACUCACAAAUAUUAAUUUCUGAGACAUUCUAAACAUCCUGUAGGCUACAGGUGGUAUGAAGAGCACCUCUGAGAGAAAACAUAACCACCUGAUCAGAUUAUUUCUGGUAUGUGAAGAAUGUGAGUGACGAACGUGAAAUUGAAACCAGCUGAGCCACUUUGCUCCGCCGCUGAUGCCUUCAGGGGACCCAAUCAGUCCCGUCAGGUGGCAGGUUUCACAAGGCGCAGCUUCGUCUCCACCCACAGCAAAGUACAGGAGCCAUGAGCUGAGCUGAGGGAGAGGGAACUUCGAGGAAUUCAGGCUACAUGUAUGAAGUUGUUGGAGGCUAAAUAACUCUGUGACUGGAGAGGAUCUGCUUCUGUUUUCCUCUUUCCAUGGCGUUUCAGAAGGAGGACAGCCAGGAGGACGCGCAGGAGUGUCCCGUGUGCUACGAGCUGCUGUCGGGCGCGGAGAGGACUCUGAGCUGCGGACAUGUGUUCUGCCACGACUGUCUGGUCAAAACGCUGGUGAGCAUCACCAGCGAUGGGAACAUCAGAGACACUAUCGCCUGCCCCAUCUGCAGACACCUCACGUUCAUCAGGAAACAGAAGGAAGCGCUGGUGAGCCUCGCGGCGGACAAGGCUCCGCGCCAGGCGCAGACGCUGGAGGUGCCGCUGCCGCUGCCGCCGGGACACCUGCAGGACGCACGGCGCGCCUCCGGAGACGGCUCAGCGGGGGGAGUAAACUGGAUGUCUCGCUGCCUCAGAGGGGUCUCCGAGCGGGUCCGUCGCCAGAGGUUGAUCAGGCCGAGCCACAACGCGUCUCAGAUCUUCAUCAUAAGCGCUGAGGGGCGACCCAUGGCCGAGGAGGACGCGCUCAGCGUGGUGAUGACGGUGGUCCCGCCGCAGCGCAGGAGGAGGCGCAGGAUCUGCACCACAGCGCGGUGCCUGCUGCUCUUACUGUCAGCCUUCACCAUCCUGGCGCUGGUGGCUGCGACUCUGCCCUGGAUUCUGUUGGCAUAGAACAGUGAUGCGACCGUGAAGUGCCAAACGCAUGAACCAACCCCGACACAAAGCGUGUGCAGCAGUUUAUUUGGACUCUUGAUCGAACUUAUCUUGUGCAUUAAUGUGAACAGUCCAUGCACUUAAAAUGUUGUCCUCAUGUUGUGAUUUUUAAAGGAGCAGUCUGGAGGUUUAUUGGCAUGCCCGUGUGUGUUUCAUGUGCAUCGCCGAGCAACAGUCCCAAAGUGAAGUUAAGGUCAGAAAAGCCUUGACAGCACAAGUCUUUUGUUCUGCAUUCCAGUCUGUGACACGAUCAACCUCUUUUCUAAGAAGCAUCAUAGAACAAAAUGAUUUUUAAAAAGCCAGUAGAUCAAACUAGAGCAGACGUUUUUAAAUUCUGUAUAUAUAUCUUUUUUUUACACAGACGAACAAAAAAAAUGCAAUAAAGUCUUUUAACUCCACUUUGAUCCCAUUGUUUGUAAAACAGCUCGGUUCACUGUUGUGGAGAUGCU